AUGCGCUUCACAACAGCAUGCGUUCUCCCUACGGUGGGCUUUGCCGUCUUGGCGAGUGCGGCGUGCGUACGCAAGAGCUCGUCGUCAGCGCAGAUCUACCCUACUGUCUCUGCGACCUCUGCAACCUCGUCGGAUAUCACUGCUAGCAGUCUCUCAUCCUCUAUCACCUCCAUCACGAGCUCGGCAGAUGUCACUGUCUCGAGCUCGACUCUGACCUCCAGCACCACAUCGAGUGUUCCGUACUGCAGCUCCGUCAGCUCGUACUUUGCAGCCGAUGGCGGUGCCGCGGCAGCCACUUCGUUCUGCUCCUCGUACCUGGGCAUGCCGCUGCAGACGGCGACCGUAACAGCGACAGCUACCACGCAGGUGACGUUGUCCGUGACAUCAGGCACGACCACACUGACCGAGACCACGACGGGAACUGCGGUGCCGGCCACUUCUACGAGCACGGUGUUUGUGACAGCGAUUUCUACAUCCACCAUUGUCACGACCGUCUCGGGGCCUUUCACCUCAAGCAUCACAUCAUGUGUGGCGCCAACGACCACGAUCACGAUCACAGCCGCGAAGAGGUUGGCUGCUACCUCGGCUUCGGGCGCGAUCGAUGACUACACGGGGACCGAGCUCUCAAAGGCCUGCGGCUGUUUCGGAUUUACCGAGUCCACGACUACCGUCACAGUCACGGCCACUGAUACCACGCAGACAGUCGCUACCAUGACCGUCCCCUUGAGCGAGACUGAGACUACCGCAAUCACCCCGGCCACAACCUACACCAACACAAUCACAAACACCAUGACGGUCGCGCUGGUGGCCACAACCAUACAAACCACCACAGUCUACACCACAACCACAUACGUCCUCGCCGUGCCCACAUUCAGCCUAAGGGCACGGUACACCGACACCGGGAGCGGGUCUCCGCGCACCGACCAGGCCAUCAUGAUGCCCUCCCCGUAUGGCCAAGCCCAGUUCUACCCCCUAGGCACGCCGCCCGGCAGCAUGAUCUCCCAGUUCCGCCAGCCGGCAGCCGGCGAAAUGGACUCAAUCGGCAGGACCAUCGACCCGGGAGCGCUCAUCGGCCUGGUGAGCGACGGCUCGGUGAGAUACCUCUACACCGAGAACACGGGCCUGCGCUUCACGGUGUAUGGAAAUACUAUCAGUCAGCCCUAUCACGGAGUUGUCUGCACCCUCAUCACCUUGCCGUCGUCGGCUGGGUUUGACGGCACAUGUCCCCUGACUUGCAAGGGCUGGGCCGGGACCACGAGCUUUGACUGGCUCGAGAAUCAGAGCCCAGCCGCAUCGCGGUGGAACAUUGCCGGAGACGGGACUGCCCAGCAGUAUGGUGGCAUCUUUGUCCCCUACGCUGUCUCGCCCUAG